CCGCAAGCCGCCGUGCUUACAGGCACUCAGGCGCUGGCGGGGGGCGAUGCCGAGCAGCAGCGGCGGCCAUGGAACUGCCAACAAAGCCAUCUGCAGGCCCAGGAGGAGGAAACUGCUAUGCAGCGUGGUGCGGUUUCGCCCACCGUCCCUGGGGGCCAUGGCAUCAUGGAACGCGUUGGAAGCGGAGUGCUCCCUAUGGCCCCUGCAGAGGCUCAAGAACCGCCGCAUCCGUGGUGGCGACGGCAGAAGCAGGAUGAUGCCGCCGGUGGCCGGUGGCCGGUUAGGCAGGAUCUACCAGCAACCUUGGCAGCGGUGGUCGCGGCGGAGACUGCGAGCGCGAGAUCCCGUCAAGCCGACGCCGUAGAGGCACUUCUGGGCCCGUCUGCACGGUUACACGACGGGCAUGGGAACCAGGUAAUACAGGGUGAGCUGCAGCAGCAGAAGCAGCAGCAGUUUGAAGCAGACUUGAUGAAGCAGCAGCCGCAGCUGAUGCUACAGUUGCAUGUGCAAGCAGCUCGCUGCAGCGACCUCCUGGCCUGGGCAAUGGAGGCCGCACUGCUGCCGCUAGACCGCCCACUGCCGCAGCGCUUCACGGCGCCGUACGAACACUGCAUCCAGCCAGGAGGGGAACUAGAGCCACUUGCCACCGCCGCCGCCGCCGCUGCAGCAGCUAGCGCUGCCGCUGCCACUACGGAACACAGCGACUAUGGCUACGUGUACGAAAGCGCUGAUUUUGACGCAGUGCAAGGUGCUGGAUUUGAACAUGAUGGCCGCAGCCUCGUGGGCCCCCAUUCGAGUCCCGCCGAAGUUGGGUUGAACAUGAUGUAUCCCAGCGGCGGUUCUCCGCCGCCGCCGCAGGCAUCAUCGGCUGCACCCGCGGCUAUCAGCUCUGAGGGAGGCCAUGUGGGUGCUGCUCCAGCUGUUGGCAGACCGGCCGCGGAGUCAGCAGCGGGGUUGGCGGAGAGGGGUGGCGUCGGAAAGCCGGUGAUGGAGGAUGCCGGGACAGAGCAGCGGGGAAGUCUGCAGCAACAGCAGCAGCACAACCGCCACCACCAGCAACUACAGCAACAAGAAGACCUGAACUGGAGCCACGCGCGUAGCUUGCUGCAGAUCUUCGUGGAGAGCCGCCUGCCCGUGACCCGGACCUCUGCGGACCUCCCCGCGGACUUCAAGCUGGUGGGCCUGCUGGGCCUGGCGUUGUCGCAGACGCAAGCCAACGCGGGACGCAACCGAUCCGCCAAUUCGGCGGUGGCGAGCACCUUCCAGGGCACCGGCUUCCCCUUCGGGGUGAGCUUCUCGCUCACGAAUGACUUCGGCGGCUCCUCACAGCACAGUUUCCGCUUCGGCACGGCCACAGACCGGCGGGGCGCGGCGGGGGAUGGCGUGCAAGCGGGCAGGGCUGUGAGCCAGGUGCCGUUCGGCGACGUCAACGUCGUCACAGACAUCCUGACGGCGGCGCUGGCGCAGCGGAGAAUCGUGAAGCUCAAGCCGCCGCCGUCCAGCUGGCAUGAGAAGGACCAUCAUGGCAAAGACGACACGAUGGACCGGCCGCUGAAAUCCAGGGAGGGACAAGAUGCUCAUCAUGAUGAUGGUGGCGGUGAUGACGGUGGGGGGCAGUCGCCACAGCAGGCCCAACCUCGGGACACCGGGGUUGGCGCGUACAACAGUAAUGUUACGAUGUCUGGUGCCGAAGCUAUUGAUGAUGAUGACAGAGUGCGGGCCGUCAACACCUCAAUGACGACUGCGGCGACGGCAGGCGAGGGCGGCAUUGGCGCUGGCGCUGGCGCUGGCGCUGGCGCUGGCGGCGCCAGCGUCGGUCGCAAGGCAGACGACGUCAACGUCGAUGCGCUCCUCGCUGAGUACGACUAUUGGAACGGCUACAUGUAUCCUUUUUACAAUGUCGAAUACGACAUGUCGUACAAUGAUGAUGACCUCCAUGGCGAUGGUGAUGGUCCUGGCGGCAACACGGCGACGGCACUGCGAGAUGCAUCAUCCGGUGUUGGCAGUGGCGACAACAUAGAUGGCGACAACGGAAUCGACGGCAAUGCUAUGUUCACUGCGGGCGAAGACAAAUACCGUACACAAACCGCCAAGGCCCACAACCAUAAACAUAAAAAGGACAAGACCAAGGGCGGUGAAAGCAAGGACGACGAAAGCAAGGGCGACGGAAAGGACAACAAGGACGACGAAAAGAAUGGCACAAAAAACAAGGACGACGAAAACAAGGAUUCGCCGUACACCGCCUACCUGUACGACCCAUUUGACGUGCUAAUGGCGACGACGCUAGAGUACGGCAGAGCCGGGCAAUAUAACUAUUUCUAUGCACAGUUCUAUCGCUUCCUGAACAGCUACUACUCCGGACCACAGAUCGUGCCCCAGACGGGGCUAGCUCGCACCCGCAGCACUAGCGCUGCAGUACGGGACGAUAAAGCCACAACGUCCGGAAGCUCCAAGAACGCCGCAACGGGACUCAACGUGGUGUCUACCAUACAGAGCUUCUCCGCGGCCAUCCGGGGUGUCAGUCAGUCUCUGGCCCAGAGGGAUAUUAUCGGGAAUGACACCUUCACCGGCGCCCCCCAAGAACCUGCACGGCAGGCAGGCGUGGUGGCUGGCGGACUGACAUUCGGGCGCGGCUACUUUUUCCAGGCGCCGUCGGAGACGUACAUGGCGGGGGGCGGCUGGACAGUCGGUUACGGCGCCGGCAAUAAAUACAGCGGGUCGAGAUCCAAUAUUUUUGCAGACACGGGCAAGCAGAACAUAGCAUUUGACUUCGGGGGAUGA